UAUCGAAUAACUAAUCUUUCAUUAGUCAACUCUAAAAAACCAAUCCUACAGAUAGACAAGUUAAACAAUGCUUCAGCUUCUAAUCGUAGCGUGUCUUCUGAUCUUCGGGACGGAGAAGGUCGUCUCGCACCAAGAGUCCGGCGAAUGGAGUUGUGAAUCGGACUCGGAGAUCCAGGUCUUAGCUGAUUUCAGACCGGGACUAAUCACCCUAGAUGGUCGGAACGAUGACUGGAAAGACAUUGAAGGCUCUGAGUUCCCUCUCCGUCCUGCACUUGAUCCGGACGCCGACCACGAGUAUGCCGCUGGUCAGAUGACAGUCAAGGCAUUGCAUGAUGGUCGAGAUAUUUAUUUCAUGGUGGAAAUUGAUGGCGAUUACGCUUACGACAAAGGUGAAAACAAGAAGUGUCCUUCAGUGGCUCUCAUGUUCCAGAUUGGUGAUCAAGCAACUUAUCACGAUAUGGGUGGUUGUAAAGAAGGGACGGACUCAUGUACCAGCAAGGCUUGCAAAGGCUUUGAGGUUGAUAUUAUGCAUUUCUCCAUCGGAAAUGCGAUUCCGGGACGCCUUUACGGUGGUAAUCCAGUAGACAACGGGGAAGGAAAUGGAGGUGACAGAUUUGGUCAUCUGGUUGACAUUUAUGCUUGGAAUCCACAUUGUCGAUACCUUGAUGGUCUUGGUCCCUCAGGAAAUGAUUCUAGUGCACAGAACGAUUGGCAUGGAGCGUGGUGGCAUAGCAGUUUCACUACUCAAUCAGGGUAUGUAGCGGAAGACAGCCCUUACACGCCAGAAGGCCAGAAAGGAACUUACUAUUUCGAGUUUUCAAGACCUUUAAGAACUAUGGACCGUCUCCAACAGGAUGUUCAGUUCACGCUUGGCUCAACAGCCAAAAUGUCAGUUGCAUUCUGGUACCCAAUGGACAGCAAACCGUGGCAUGGAUCAGGGCACUAUACGAUCAACUGCGAUUGGAUCCCACUAGAUAUUUCCUCGGGCUCUUCAUCGGCUCUGACUGCUUCAACUGUCAAGGGAUCUACUGAUGGAACCAGCAUUUCUGCCAUUGUGAUAUCCAUGAUUUCUCUUGCUGUGUCAGGUUUUAUUGCAUAUAAGUUAUUUAGUCCCAAGAACGUUGCAUUUACACCCAUGGAAAACGAUCUCUAGGACAAAGAUUAGGUUUACACGGUUCUAUGUCCCUCUGUUGUUUUGUUCUUGGUACCACAUUCAAAGAGCUUCUCUUUCUUGUUUACAGUGAAGUUAUGGGUUCAUUAUUUUAGUUUUGGGUUGUGGCUGACUAUUGUCAUUACAAAGAUGUUUUUGUAUUAAGAUUUCACACUGUAUCUGUCCGCGUGUAUUAAAAAUAAAUCAAUUUUCAGAAAGAGCAUAA